UACAGUUAAUUAAUUAUAUUUUGCCCUGCGUCAUAAAAGCGCCGCUGCCAGUUGAUUUACUCACUAGGAAAGACACCAACAUGAAUACGUUAUUGUUGAUUGUAGCCGCUUGUGUUGGACUCGCGACCGCUGGAACUUGGACCGAGGAGAUGACAGCGGCUCUUUCUGCUGAAAAUCAGCUGAAUGCGCGUCAAGAUGUCAGCGCAGAAGAGACCGGGGACCAGAAAAUCGAUUCCGGAUGCAGCUGCAGCAGGGUGGGUUGCGAAUGCUGGGGAAGAGACGGCGACAUCUCGGUGAACGCCAGUUUGGUCUAUGACGAGUUGCGCCACGGAAGCGACCAUGGCCACGUGGUGGGGCGGUUCUGGGUGGGGGACAUGACGUUCCAGAAGAUCUGGUGCGUUAACAAAGUGAAAAGCUUUUGCAAAUUAUACAAAGGAAAGCGUUUCUGCUUCAAGGUCGAGGUAGAUGACGACGGGGGCGACUUUCUUUACGGGUGCCUUCGUAUAACCAGACCCCACCGCGUGCCCAUGGGCUGCUUCAAGCUUCCGCUGUAGACGUCAUAAGACAGCUCCAGGGUUGCUGACGUCACCGGAAAGUUGGGGAGAUAACUAUGUGCAUUGCAACCAUAAACAUCAUAGAUUAUCUCAAAUUGAUUUAAUAGAUUAAUUCAACUGCUUACUGUUAUACUAUAUAAAAGUAAACUAUGUGUAAAAUUAUUUAUAAUGCUGAUAAUUAAUGAAAUUUAUAAAGCAUAAACAAUAGUAAAUGGUUAUAUUUUAGCCUUAUUUAUAUAUGUUACCACACAUUCAUAAUGCCUUGUGUUAUUGAGUGUGGAGGCUCGAAUUUGAUUUUUGUUUUAGUUUUUCGAUUCAAUAAAGAAUGUCCAUGGUCA